AUGCUUAAGACAACUUACAACAAAACAACCUCUAAGUAUUCAGGGACAUGUAACAACACACCUAAUCCCCCCACUGCACCAACUCAUUUGUCGAGUGUAAAGGCAAACACCACGGAGUCGAAAAAAAACAGAUUCCCCUUUUUUAUUAAAAUUUUUACAUUGUCCCUUUUAAUGUGGACAUAUAGGCACGCGGAUGAGCCCAACUGUGAUAAGUCUUUCCAUAAGGAACAUGACGAAGAUAACACGGUGAAUGUAACACUCGGCAGAUCCUUAAGCAAUGUAGAUUCAUUGUUACAACAAGAUUAUAAGACUUUAGAAAAAAGAUACAAAGAAUUACUUAAAGAUUAUGACAAAACUCACAAAAACAAAUGGCACAAAUUAUUCUUUCAUGAUGAUCUGGAAUAUAUGUUUGAACUAGUAAAAAAUGAUGAUAACAUUAAAAAAACACUCGAUACAUUGAAACGUAAUAAGGAAAUUGAAAAGCGAUUUAAUACAUUAGACUAUGGAAGAAAUUUAAACAAACGAGAUGAAAUAUUCGUAGAGAACAAUGACUCUUUUGAUAAAAAAGGCUGUGAAUUAUAUCGUGAAGAUAAUGAUAAGAAAAGUUAUAGUACAUCAAAUUACACAGGCAAUGAUAAAAAGAGGCAUACCUCUUCAGAAUAUGACGCUAACUAUGACAGGAAGCCAAGCAAGGUAAACUAUGCUGAUAGUCUUGAAAGGAGAAACAGUUCAUUCAAUUAUAGCGAUAACAUUGAAAACGAAUUCGAAAAACGUGAUUACGAUAAGCAUUUUAAAAAAAUGUACGACUCAUUCAAAUUUGGACAAAAUUUUCUAAAGGGAUAUAACGCAGAAAGAGCAAAUGAUAACGUUCAAAAAAUGUUUAAUACAUUAGAAGAAAAAGACUACGUUAAGAAAGAGCCUACUAGACUAAACGAUCAGCAUAAAUUAGAAAAGCGAUUUUAUAAAUCCGAAUACUAUGAUAAAUUGGAAGAGCGACCCCAGGCAAAGAACUACCAUGAUUACUGUGAAAAGCUACUUGAUGCAUUAAAGCAUGACAGAAAUUUUCAACAACUACUUGAGGUUCUAGAAUAUGACGACAAUUUUGAUAAACUGCUUAAUAUACUAAAGAGUGAUGCACGUGUUGAAGAAAUAUUUGACUCAUUAAGACAAGAUAAUGCUGUUAAAAAAAUACUCUACAUGUUAAAACAUUAUGAUAAUACAGCAUGGAAAGAGAAUAACAUAGCAGCGCGAAAGAAAAAAUAUAAGAAUAAAUUAAACAAAAGUCCAAGGUCCAUCGUAUCAACGAUAUGUAAAUUUUUAAUAAAUAUUGAUCCCAGAAUUUAA